AUGAGUGCAUCACAAAACAGCGGCAGCUCAAAGAGUUCAUUACCAGCUUUGCAUGGUGUUAAGAUCAAAGCUAGAAAGGGCCAACAAAAAGCUCAAGCAAAAUACGAACCAACCAUCUUUAGGGACAGUAUCUUAAAAGCACUUUCAAACGCUCAACCUGGCGACCUUGAGGAGAUCUCACAGCAAUUGGACAUCUCAGGCAAUACGCUUGAAUAUAGAAAAUACGGAGAAACUUUAUUUGAAAUUCUUCUUACUGGUGGCGUAUUAGCACCCGGAGGCACAAUCCUUAAAGAUGGAACGCAACGUAGUCCAUUUUCCAUUUUCACGGCGGAAGAUAAUAGCGAAGUCAUCAAAAAGCAUGUUGAGGUUUUCAAUAAGCUGAUCCGGCGUUACAAAUAUUUGCAACGUAGCUUUGAAGAAACCAUCAAAAAUUUAAUACAAUACAUUAACAAAUGGAGUUCCGAGGAAAACAACAAGCUAGCCAUGGCUAUUGGCCUGUUUGCAUCCGGUCAGAUGACCAAUAUUAACGUCUUGACUGUUUUGUUCAAGGAGCAUCUUGUCAAAGAAGGCCUCUCUCUCCAGUUUGUGACUGCUGUUUUUAAAGCUUACCUGAGCGAACAGAGUAUUGACCACCUAGGCAACUCCCUUAAAAAAGCAGGGAUGGACAAUAAACUUAUGGAAUUCUUUCCUCCGAAUAAACGCGACGAAGAAUACUUUGCUCGUUAUUUCGAAGCCGAGGAUAUGAAGCAGCUCGUGGAAUAUCAUAACCAAAAGCAAAGGAAUUCGAUGAAAGAGCAAACUAUUGAUCGCGCCAAAAAGAUGCUGCAGGCCGAUAAUACAUCUGCCGAGGUGAUUGUUUAUCUCAAACAUCAGAUGAAGGAAGGUGGCUGGCAAGAAUCUGAUUUCGUCCAAAUUGUCUGGGAUUCCGUGAUGCAAGCCGUUGAUUGGGGUUCUCGGGCGGAACAAAUUGAAACCCAAGUUCUUCGUCAAGUUAAGCAAUGUUCCGACAUCCUCACGGUAUUCGCGACCAGUCCCAAGACAGAGCUUGCCCUUUUACAAAAAGUUCAAGUCUAUUGUUAUGAUGAUACGAAAUUGAUGAAACACUUUCGUCAAAUAGUUCAAAUUUUAUAUGAUGAGGAUGUCGUCUCGGAGAGUGCCAUUUUGUACUGGUCCGAAAAAGGCGCCAGUCAUCAGGGAAAGACUGUAUUUUUGAAACAGAUGGAGCCGUUUAUCCAAUGGCUCAAGACAGUCGAUAGUGAGAGUGAAGAAGAAUAA